AUUCCCAUCCUUUCCAAAAUGAAGAAACUUUCAUUUCUAUUGUGUGUAUUAUCAAUGAUGGUGCUACUCCAAUUUUCUCUCUCCCGAGUUUCAGCGGUAACCUGCAUUCAAAAGGAGCGAGAGGCUCUUCUUCAAUUCAAAAGAGGUUUUUGGUGGGAUCCUUCUCAUCGUUUGGCUUCAUGGAAUGGAACAAAUUGCUGUAAUUGGUAUGGUGUGGGAUGUAAUCAAACUACUGGGCAUAUUAUUAAGAUUGAUCUUAGAAGCAAUCGGUUAGACUUCUCCUCUCCUUUAUUUAACAAUUCUAUUCACUCUAGUUUGCUUCAGCUCAAACACUUAAAUUACUUGGAUUUAAGUGGGAACUAUUUCAACUAUACUCAAAUCCCACACUUUUUAGGUUCAAUGGUUGAAUUAACAUAUCUUAAUCUUUCUAAUGCAUUUUUUAAUGCAAAAGUCCUUCCUCGUCAUUUAGGAAAUCUUACUAAAUUGGUUGUUCUUGAUUUGUCGAAUUCUUACGAUUAUUCCAUAAGCGGAGUUGAAUUGAAGCAACUCAAUCGCGACAUUGAAUGGAUAUCUCACCUUUCUUCCUUGCACUUCUUUGGCUUGAGUGGUACGAAUCUUUCAGAGGCUUCCAAUUUAAUGCAAGUGCUAAGCUCUCUUCCUUUUUUGUCAUCCUUAAUAUUGAGAGGUUGUGGCCUUCAAAACAACCAAUUUUCUUUGAGUUCCAUGAAUUCUUCGUUUCUUUCUAGAAUUCAAUAUCUAGAUUUGUCUGUUAAUAAUUUUGAUGGUCCAAUUCCUAAGGCUUUUCACAACAUGACUUCCUUGAAAUUCCUAGACCUUUCAGACAAUCAGUUCACUUCCAUUGAGGGUGGAGUUUCAUCCUUCAUAUUUAGAAACAAUUGUAUCCUAAAAACACUUGAUUUAUCCUACAACUUUAAUCUUGGUGGAGAUGUGUUUGGAAGUUAUGAAAAUGAAUCUAUGAGUUGCAGUCGGUAUGAUCUGCAAGUGCUCAACUUACCUGGUACAUCUAUACAAAUCAAAAUUCCAGAUUGGUUAGGAAAAUUCAAAAACUUGAGGUCUCUUUCCCUUUCUAGGAGUCACAUUUAUGGUUCAAUUCCUGCUUCACUUGGCAAUUUAUCCAGCCUUGAAAAUUUAUAUCUUUCCAGCAACGCUCUAACCGGAGCAAUUCCAACUACAUUUGGAAAAUUAUUAAAUUUGAGAAAAUUAAUUCUCGAUGGAAUAGAUUGGAGGAGUUGGGGGAGGAAUGUUUUAUACAACUUGAAAAUUUGGAGGUGCUAGACAUAUCACAUAACUUGCUCAAAGGCGUACUUGCAGAAGUUCAUUUUGCGAAUCUCUCUCGGUUGAAUACCUUAUUGAUUGGUGACAAUGAGCAUCUU